AUGGAUGAUAAAGAGGAGAAGGAAGGGAAGGAAAGCAGGAAAGACCCCCCCUUCGUGUCUCCUGAGCCCAGGCCCCGGUCCCUACAGCCUGCAGGGAACAGAUUCGUCCUCCUGGUGGGCUGGGAUGGGAGAGCGGGAGAGAGAGCUGCAGCCAGGCCUCCUUGGCAGCCUUGGACUCCUGGAUCUGAGCCUGUAAUUCACUGCAAUGAAUGGAUGCUGCAGACAGAUGCCAGCGUCCUGUACCUUGAGGGCACAGGGUUACCUGUCCUGCAGCUAAACAUUAAUGAGUGUUUGUGCGUCAGGUUCAAGUUUCUGUCCAAACUGAGGCAUCACCACAAAAGGUGGUGUUUUACCUUCAGCCACUUUGUGGUUGAUUCUAACCAGGAGUAUGAGGUGACCAUUCACCACAUGUCCAAGCCCAUCCCUGACGGGGACCCAAACCACCAGUCCAGGAAUUUCCUCGUGCCUGGCUGUGAGGACACCAGGGUGAAGGGAACUGCGCCAUGCAUGAGCGCAGGCAGCCUGUGGGACGCUGACAUCACUGUGGAGACUCUGGAGGCCCACCAGCUGCGUGUGAGCUUCACCUUGUGGAACCAAUCUACCUGUUACCAGGUCCUGCUGCCCAGCUUUCCACAUAAGAAGAACCACAGCUGCUUCGAGCACAUGCACCACAUGCCUUCGCCCAGACCACAGGACUUUCACCAGCGAUCCAAUAUCACACUCACUCUAUGCAGUUUUAGAGGGUGCUGUCGCUGCCAAGUGCACAUGAGUUAA